CAAUACCUCAGUAUACGAGAAUCGACCUCCCUCCUUAUUAUCACACUUUGGGUACCUCGUAUGCUUUACUGACCCUUCACCGAGAUUACCUAGAAGUCGAAACCUUAGAUAAGGUACCUAGGUACAGUAUACUCGGUACAUUAUUUCAUUCACCUCUGACAUGACACCACCUGCACCACCCACACCCACACCCACAAAUCCACACCUAGCCACCAGCAAGCAUUCACAAAUCACAGCCUCACAAACAGCUAUUCUUCGCUGUAUAGGCAUUAUCUUCGGCAUCGCUGCACUCGGCGCACAGAUUGCAGUUGCCAGGAUUGAUUUUUUCGAGAUCUGGAUCUCUCCCGAGUCUUUUGUCUUUAUCUCCGUCUCAUUGGUAUGGAACACAGCCGAAUUACUGGUUCGAUAUAAGAAAAGUCAUGGAAUCCAUCCUGGCGCCCAUGUCGCGCUGGACUUGAUUCUCUGCCUGGGAACUUUUUGCGCCGGAUUGUUGCAGAUUCUGAUCAAUCAUUGGGAUGGUCGAGCUGUUGCGGCUGGAUGUUUGAAAUUUCCAUUGAGCCUUGUUCAUUUUGUGCUAUUAGUCUACGCUUGUAAGGAUACACAUCAAUUGCGACAGAGGAGGAAGGUCGCUGUGGUCAAUGAAGAGAGUAUUGAUCUCAAGACUGUGGGACGGUGAAGGAGAAUGACUGUACAUGAAAUGGAAUGGAGUGGAUCAAGGGUUGAAUAUUGAUGUCGCUUCUGGAUGUCAUCCUUAACCAUGCAUAUUCUACUGGCAAAAAUAUGCUUGAAGCUGUUCAUGGACCAGCGAAUGCUUCUGAUGAUAAUAAUUUGUUCAUUCUUCUAGUUGGCUUGUCUGAUACACUUUCCUCAAUUUAUUCCCCA